AUCCCAGGCGACAAGUAGAACACAUCGUGUUAAGUAAUUAAGUGAUAAAGUUGCUACAAAACUUAUUUUGACGCCGAACGAACACUUAACGGCUUUGAUGAAUGUUAAUAUUAAUUUAAUAGAUAUUAAAUUAAAUUUUAUUUCUUUAGCUCAAUACUUACUAUGGGUGUUCCAGCAUUUUUCAGAUGGCUUACUAGAAAAUAUCCAUCAGUUAUUGUUAAUUGUAUUGAACAACAAUCGACUGAUGUAAAUGGCGAGAAGAUUCCUAUUGAUGCAUCUGAAUCAAAUCCAAAUGGAGUUGAAUUUGAUAAUUUAUAUUUAGAUAUGAAUGGAAUAAUUCAUCCAUGUUCUCACCCAGAAAAUAAGCCAGCACCUAAAAAUGAAGAUGAAAUGAUGAUUGCUAUUUUUGAAUGUAUUGAUCGCUUAUUCAGAAUUGUCAGACCUAGAAAAAUAUUAUACAUGGCUAUUGAUGGUGUGGCACCAAGGGCAAAAAUGAAUCAACAAAGAUCUAGACGUUUUAGAGCUACUAAAGAAACUAUUGAAAAAGCUGAAGAAUUAGCCAGAGUGAGGGAAAAUUUAAUAAAAGCUGGUGCUAUACUACCACCAGAGAAACCAAAAGGAGAACAUUUUGAUAGCAAUUGUAUUACUCCUGGUACACCAUUUAUGGAUAAUUUAUCUAAAUGCUUACAUUAUUAUAUUCAUGAACGAUUGAACAAUGAUCCUGGAUGGAAAGGCAUUAAGGUAAUAUUGUCUGAUGCAAAUGUUCCUGGUGAAGGAGAACAUAAAAUAAUGGAUUUCAUAAGAAAACAGCGAGCACAACCCAAUCAUGAUCCUAAUACUCAGCAUGUACUCUGUGGGUCCGAUGCUGAUCUUAUAAUGUUGGGAUUGGCAACACAUGAGCCAAAUUUUACAAUUAUCCGUGAAGAAUUUAAGCCAAAUCAGCCAAGACCUUGUGACAUGUGUGGACAAAUGGGUCAUGAGAUGAAAGAUUGUCAAGGUUUAGAAAAAGAUGUUUUUAAUGAUGGUUCUAGUAUGAUUUGUCCUAGUAAUGAUCAAUUCAUUUUUGUCCGUUUAAAUGUCUUACGAGAAUAUUUAGAAAGAGAGUUAGAAAUGCCUAAUUUACCAUUUAAAUAUGAAUUUGAAAGAGCUUUAGAUGAUUGGGUUUUUAUGUGUUUUUUUGUGGGUAAUGACUUUUUACCACAUCUACCAUCCUUAGAAAUACGAGAAAACGCAAUUGAUAGACUAAUUGCUCUUUAUAAAAAGACAGUUUAUAAAACUGGGGGAUUUUUAACCUUAAAUGGAGAUGUGAACUUGGACAGAGUUCAAUUGAUCAUGUCAGAUUUAGGCUUAGCAGAAGAUGAAAUUUUUAAAAAAAGGCAACAAACAGAAAAAAUGUUUGCUGAUAGAAAUAGAUUAAAAAAAAGACGAGAGAAGUUGAUGCGCUCUAAUAGUGCUCCUAAUUUUAUUUUAGGUGGUCAAUAUAAACCUAUGGCACCUAACACAACAUUUUCUGUGUCUAAUCCAAAACAAACAAUUGAUGAUAUUAGAAGGCAAAGUAUGGGAAAUGAAAGCAAUCAAGGUCAGAAACGCAAAAGAGAAGAUGAUGAUGAUGAUGAAGAAGAGGAAACACCUGAUGAAGUGCGUCUAUGGGAAGAUGGUUUCAAAGAACGUUAUUAUGAAUCAAAAUUUGAUGUUGAAAGAACAAAUAGUGAUUUCAGACAUAGAGUUGCAUUAGAGUAUGUACGUGGAUUAUGUUGGGUUCUUCAAUAUUACUAUCAAGGGUGUCCAUCAUGGAAAUGGUAUUUUCCAUAUCACUAUGCUCCUUUUGCAUCUGAUUUUGUUAAUAUAUCAGCAUUAUCAACUAAUUUUGAAAAAGGAACCCAACCGUUCAAUCCAUUAGAACAACUUAUGAGUGUAUUUCCAGCUGCUAGUAACAAACUUGUACCUAAGCCAUGGGCUACUUUAAUGUCUGAGCCUGACUCGCCCAUUAUAGAUUUUUACCCGAUUGACUUUAAAAUAGACUUAAAUGGCAAGAAGUUUGCUUGGCAAGGUGUUGCAUUAUUACCAUUUGUUGAUGAAACAAGACUACAUAAAGCACUUGAAUCUGUUUAUGAUCUGUUGACACCUGAAGAGAAACGCCGUAAUACAAAAGGAUAUGAUCGCUUAUACAUCCAGCAAGAUAAUUCAAAAUAUGAAUUACUUAAAGAUUUACAUUUAAAUAAAGAAAACUUUAAUAAUUUUACAUCAGUAGUUAUUGAUGGAAUGGAAGGUAAAGUGAUGUUAACUGUAGAGAGUGUUAACAUUGGAGGAUCACUACCAUCACCAAUUAUGGGCUUGGACGUUAUAAGAUGCAAUCAAGUUUUAUGUGUAAAAUUUGAAUAUCCCUCAUAUGGAAAAGAUUAUGUAUAUGAAGCAAUCAGACUUAAAGGAGUUGUGGAACCUCCAAGAGUUUUGAAACCAAAACAUUUGUCAGAUGAGCAAUCAAGAUCCUGGAGACCUAUAACUGGAAUGAAUUACACAAGUCAGCGUGGUAGAUUUAGUGCUUCUGGACAGAGAAUGUUAUCGCAUCAUGUACCUAGACAUACUGGACAAUAUAGUUCUGUUCCUCCACCACAAGGACUUAGAAACAAUCCUCGGCAGACAGAUUUUAACAAUUUUAGACGUCCUAACCAUAAUUAUAAUUCUCAACAGACCAAACAAAAUCAGUAUUCAAGAAAUAAUCGAAAUUCUAACUAUGGUAAUAACUCAGAUAUUCAAAAUAAUCAGUACAGAACCAAUAAUAAUCAUUACUCGAAUUAUGGUUCUCAAUAUUCCUCUGGACAACAAUCUUUUGUUUCAAAUAAUAGAACUGGAUAUUUUACACCUGGUUAUCAAACAAAUAAUCAAACGUCUCAUCAACCUUACAAUGGAAAUACAGAUUUAUCAAGUGAUAGACAAAAUAACCGAUAUCAGCCAUACAACCCCCAAACCCAAAGAGGUGGACCACGGCCUCAUGGUUACAAUCAACAUCAUAACUAUUAACUAUACAAAUUAAAUUUUAAUCCAAAUAUCAUUGCAAAUAAAAAUUCCAUUGGUUUUAAAUACA